AUGCCAGAGCCGUUGAUACUUUAUGCUCCACAAUACACCAAGCGGGAAGAGUGUGGCUACUGUAACGGCCAAAAGCAAGAUUACUAUGCCAAUGAGUAUAUGAAGAUGCUUGGAGGUCCCUCGCAAUCUGUGGGCAUCCACAUGGCUGUUGGAAGUAUGAAUAGCAGCCAGUACAUGCGAUUGAUAGACCAGGGCUGGAGAAGAUCUGGUACCCUUGUCUACAAACAAGAUAACCUCCGAAAUUGUUGUCGGUACUACACGAUUCGGCAGGGCAAAGAUGGGUUCAAAAUAACAAAGAAGUUCAGGAAAGUGAUCAGACGGUUCAUACGGGAGAUCUGUGAUGUCGACGCGGAUGUAGUCAAAAGCAUCAACACUGACGGCCACCAAGUUGAUACCAAAGAUCUCGUGGCGGCAGAAGUUGCGUCUACACGGUUCCAUACGAAGUUUGAACCGUCGGAGUUCUCGCGAGAGAAGUAUGAAUUGUAUAAGAAAUAUCAGGUGAAGAUACACCAUGAUGACCCGGACGACGUGUCGGAAGAGGGUUUUAGGAGGUUUUUGUGUGAAAGUUGUUUCCCCAAUCAUGAGAAGGAAGGAACCCGGGACGAAUGGCAAAGGUUGAACAAUUGGCAGCGGCUGGGUGCAUUCAAAGAUGUGAAACCUCGAUUGGGCCCCACUCAUGAAUGCUACUAUUUGGACAACAAGCUUAUUGCUGUGUCGGUGGUGGACUUCUUACCGGGAGCUCUAUCCUCCGUGUACUUCAUAUGGGAUCCUGACUAUGCCCACUUGUCACUAGGCAUUUUGUCUUCCAUCCGGGACAUAACGCUUAUCGACCAAAUUGGAAUGCUGUACUACUAUAUGGGGUACUAUAUUGCUGAUUGUCCAAAAAUGGCGUACAAAAAAGAAUUCAGCGAUACAAUUUUGGACUUGGCCCGGGAAGUAUAUCAGUACUUGGAGGAUGUGGAGGAUGAGAUCAAAGAUGGGAAGUUAAUGGUGGAAGAACGGCCACUUUUGUUUGAUAAUGUUGUGGGCAGAGACGCUUAUUUAAAUCAACAUCAAGUAGAUCUCCGAAAGAAUGUUAUUGACGAGCUUUACUCCCAUAAAACCUUUGAAGACGCCGACGAAAUAGCCAGGUCGCUUUCCUCGAUUGUGGAUAUGACCAAAAGUAGAUUUCCCUACGUGGUUCCAGGGUUAAUGCCCUUGGUUCAGCUACAACAGAUCCUUCAAAAUCCAGCCAGGACCAGCGAGCGGGUGUUUUCGUUUAUUGAUAUAACACAAAUGACCAGGAGGUAUCUGUUGUCUUUCAACAGUUUGACUGAAACAGAAAAGAUCCUUGCAGUUGACAUGAUGCGACUCUUUGGCUUUGAGAAGAUGUCUGAGAUCAUUUGUGUGGUGUACUGAGGUGAUAGAAGUCGAGCUUGUGGUUAUGGUUUCCAGAUUCGCAUAUUCAAAAGUCAUAUAUUGGUUAAGGCUCAAUCUACAAUAUAAGCUAGUAAGUGGUGCUGGCAGCAAAGUCCUCGAGGAACGUAGCCCCAGUUGGGACCCAGCCAGUGAGUUUCUUUGUCUUUUCACUAGAAACAUGAUUGUUCGCAGAAUAAAGAGCACCGAACAAUGGACCAAGUAUCUCAAAAAGCUGGGCCUUUGGAAUAGAUUUGGCCUCAAGCCCACCUUUCUUGGCCAUUGCUUCUGCGAUUUCUUUAGUUGAGACUCCUGGUUCUGCAAUUGCGUGCAACACAGUACCAGCUGCAGCCUUGUCAACAGCCAAUGUGUAUAACUCGGCAGCAUCAUCUCUGUGAACAAAUGGCCACACAUUGUCACCAGCGUCUGGGUAGUACGCAGCUCCCGCUUUUUUGAACAUUCCGUAGAAGCUUGGAAUCAACCCUUUGCAGUCUACAUCGUGAACAGUUGGUGAAAGUCUUAUCGACACCACUCUGACUCCUUCCUUAGCAUAGGCCAACAAUUUUUUUUCGGUUUCACCUCUUAUUGAGAAACCGGGAAGUAAUGGAGGUGGAACUGGUGAGUCUUCAUCCGUGAGAUCGGGGCCCUGUAAGCCCAAGGUACCAGUGGAGUUGAUGAAAAACUUGUUGGUGCCUUUGUAAGAUUCGCAUAUGGCGGUUACAAUCUUUUGAUCCAUUUCCAUACAGUAAGCAAACCUGGUAAAGUCAUGGAGAAAUCCUAAGUGGAUAGUUCCAUCUGCCUCAGCGGCAGUUUUUAUCAACAAGUCAAUUUCAGUUAAUUCGCCUCUCACCACUUCAGCUCCAGCAGCCUCCAAUUUCUCAGCUGAUGCGUCUGAUCUAGCUAAACCAAUCACGGAAUGACCCUUAGAAAUUAAAAUUUCCACUACUUUACUUCCAAUGAAGCCUGAACCUCCAGUAACAAAUAUCUUCAUUUAUUUGUUUGUAACUUGAAUAGUAAGGAUAAUUGGGAGUAUUUCCGGUUCUUUUAUACUAGUUUCAAAAGUCCCUGCAUACACUAAUAGUCUUUCUCCGCCGUUCUUCUCCACCGCGGCAGUUAUGCUAUCUUUUUAAUGGGUAUUACUAACAGAACUAAUGAUUUUCGGACGCUUCUACGGAUCUUACUGGGUAUAGAGCCUGGUCAUGAGUACUCUUAUAAAUUUCGGUAACCAUUUGAACAAUUUUGUUUAGUUUUUCCAAGACAAACCAUUGCGCCGGUUAACUACGGUUAACUCCGGCGGGCGUUCAGUCAGUGAUUUAUACGUGCUGGUUAAUUCAAACAUUCUCGUGA